CUCAGAUGAGGACAACGAAGAUGUUGAUGUCUGCAAAAACCCUCGGAGUGGUUUAUUAGUUCUAAAUGAAUAACAUUUUAUGAUAUAGUUUAUUUGUAUACAGCAAAACUUCUCUGAAAAACUAAUAAUAAUAUUCAGAAAUACAAAAUCAUAUAUAUCAAGAAUGGAGCAGAGAAGAGAGACUUUGGCGUGCACAUAGUAGUUGCUGCGUCACAAACCGUUUUUCAAAUUGUGGGUUUUCAUGAUCUGGUUUGAAUGAAGAAAUAUUCAGAAAUACAGUUUUAAUCUUAAAUUAUUUUGUAUAUGUACUCCAUCACGUGUUGAAAAACACAAUUUUCUUUUUUCUGUUUUUUUUAUUUAUUUAUGGGGCAUAUUUUUUAGUGCGAUAAAGUUCCACAGUUUAAUGUGAUAAUUAUCAUUCUGAAAGAACUAAAAAGUUAAGUUGCACUGUGGCUGACAGUUCUGCCUCAUGUCUGUGUGCUUGACUAACAAGCUGUUAGCUGUACUUGGACCAAACAUGAGAAUGUCAUUAGCCUCUCUCACAUUACUUUUCCCAAAAUGGCAGGUUUUCCUCAAGCUGGAAGAACAAUAACACUUUAAGGAAGAUGGAUGUAAGACUAGAAGUGCACAGAGAGCCGAUAACUCAUAGUUUAUGAUUUUUGAAGGCCUGACGUGUGAGGUAUUUGUAGCAUUCAUGCUAACGUCUCCUUAUUAAUGUUAUUUGAUUCUUCCUAAAAGUUGAGGGCUCCUGAUAUAAGGCUGCCGCCACCUCCUGCCUCUAGCUUUGUGGUCCACCUCCCCUUUAUCCCUUUUCACAUCAUUGGACAAUUUUAUCCCCUCAGCUUUGAGUCUGUCCAUUGCAGAGCAGCUGGCUGCCUGCCACAGAGGGCUGCCAAAGCUGAGGAGAGCAGAGAGAAGCAGGGGACUGGGGUUGGUCGGUGGCGUGGAAGGACCGGGACGUUGACCUAACAUUGAAAGGAGAAGCGGAGAGAAGGAGGGAAAGAGGGAAUGUGAGGGAGGGGAGAUAAGGAGAACUUUGGGGAACACAGGAAGAGGCAGCAUGGCAAACAAACCUCUUAAUUUUGUUUGAAAACUUCCUGUUUAUUUAUCGGCACUUCAAAAAGGAUUUUAGGACUGGCAAGAAGGAGACAAGAUUAUCAAAGGAUACUUCUUUUUUUGUACUUUUCUUUGUACUUUAAAAUACUCCUUUGCCGGAUUCCAAGGAGAACCUCCAAACGUAGCCACAGCUUCUCCGAAACAGCUACGCUCGCAUAUGAACGCACACACCUGUUGUUGCUGAGGAUUCCCCGGGUGUGCAGUCAUGGGCCGCUGUGUCAUUGUUGCUUGAGGAAUUCUGCAUAACUGCGCAGCUUUAUUUGGAGGCGGCCUCUGCAAACACUGCAGGAGAAGUUGACCUGACUGCUUGGGGGGAAAGAAGGAGAUGUCAUCCUACUAUCAGCGCAACAGGGACCUGACCCGCACCAGGAAGUCAGUGGCAGACUCCCCACCGUCCUCUCCAUCUUAUACUGACAAAAACUACAGACAUGACAGACUCUCGAGAUACAACUCGAGUGGGGAGAGCGCGGCGGAGAAGGCAGUCGGCCGCACAGGCUCCUACACCAGGAGGGAGACGAGGCUGGCCUCUCUGAGCAGACAGGAGCAGGACUCCGCUGCCAAAGACUAUAAGAAGAUGUAUGCAGAUGCUUUAGAAGAGAACGAGAGGCUGAAGUCUAAGUUGCAAGACAGCAAGCAAGAGUUGGUCAAGAUUCGAUCUCAGCUGGAGAAACUUACACAGAGACACGAUAGGAUAUCAGAGAGAUCUCCCCUUCUUGAGUCGGAGAAAAGGGAAAAGCAAGUUCUGGAGAAGCGAGUGUCAGACAUGGAGGAGGAAAUUAAGCAGGAUGCCCCGCUGAGGUUUCGCUGUGGGUACCAGCCCUGAGAGCGCGCUGAGUCGGGGGGAAAGGGGGAUGAUUUUAACGGAACUCAAGUCAGACAACCAGCGGCUGAAGGAUGAGAACGGGGCUCUCAUUCGGGUCAUCAGCAAGCUGUCCAAAUGAGAUGAAAUCUGAAGACCCUGAAGUGACUCUUUAGUUCUAUACCAUGUUGGAAAAACGCCAGCAUGGCUGCUGUUGCAGAAAAAUAACUGAAUGAUUCCUGUCAAAGAUCCAAAAGGGGGCUGUGAUCAAGUAUUGCUUAGAUUUAACACAUCAUCAUAGAUCAGUCACUGUUAUACAAUAUGUGCUUCAAGUAGGGACCAGUUGUGUGGUUUUAUUCAACUUCAUGCUUUUUUCAAACAAAUGAGGGAGUAAAGGCCUAUCACGUAUGUCUAUCACGUCAAUAUUUCAUAUUUGUUAUGUUUUUGGGGAAAAUAUUUAAGUAUUUCAAAGUAUGUUUAGUGAUUGAAAAAAACACAUCUUGCUUUUCACACAUAUUUUUAAGAAAAAUGUUCCCAAUAACAUCACGAAGAAGAAACUGAGGUCUACUCUGUUUUUUUCAAGGCCAUCCUCCUCAGGUGAGAUACGUCCAGUGCCUGUGUAAAUGAGGAUCUUUACUGCUCCUUUUGUGCAACAGUUUCUGCAAUUUUUUUGCCGAUACUUUUUUUUUAAAGCACUUUAUGACUUUCUGAUCGUCUGAUCUUUAAUUGAAAUUUUCUGAUAUCAUCACUUGGUAUUUGUAUCUUCAUUACACAAAGAAAACGUUUAGUUUUAAAAGCCUCAUUUCAUCCUUCAAACAUUCAAGUUUUUAACCUGAGGAGACACUCUGCGCACGUGCAAACACCAAUAAAAUUCUCUGUUUGUCUUUUAAAAGAGAUAUAUUCAUUUAAACAUUGCUGGAUGUAAUGAACAUACUGUGUUUACUGCUGAGGAAUACAGUAAACAUCAUUAUUUGUUUUAACCCCAUGGCCAUUUUUGUGUGAUAAUGAAAACACAAGAAGCAGAAAUCAUCGGCCUAUGAAAAAUAUUUAGAUGAGUUUUUUUUUUUUUUUUUUAGAAAAAACAUACAAACUACAGCUUUGAAACUCUAACUGUUGACUGUUAAUAAAAGUCAAGUCCUGAUUGGUUACAACAUAACCAAUACUUUUAAUAGAUAGUAGCUUCACACUGUAAAUUUGAUCAAAUAUUGAAUAUAUUGACAACCGGAAAAUAUUUUUGAGAAAAUAUUUGAGAUAAAAGGAAAAAAAUCAAUUUCUAUUACAAAUUGUGUCCUAUAUUUAUAUUCAUAUAGAUAAAGGGAACAGUAUGUAAUUUCAUGAAGUGAACCCAUCAUAUUGUUAUUUUCUAAUUUUUUCCAUCACUACAGCACUACAGCUUUGUCUAGGCCGGUUCUCAAACUCGAUUUACCUUGGAGCCACUGAAGGCAGAGUUUUGCAUUGACUGGGCCGUAUGGGGUUCCAUUUGUGCCAAAAAUUUGUUUUUGCGUCCACUCUCUAUAUCUUUGGUCCAUUGUCUAUGUCUACUGAACACGUGUAUUGAACAUUUGUUCAUGUCUGUCUACUACUAAGCAAUAUCUUCUGUGUGUCCUGUAACGACAGGAGCUAACAACGCUAACAACUGAUGCCAAGAACUUUUCUGACAACUAAAUCCAACUACAAUAGCAAAUGCAAAGUUUUAAGCAUAAAUCAAGCUGAAACAAGCACAAAGCAAAUACAAAGCUGUCAUCAAAGAGGCGUAGACAUGCAGAAGAUAUUGCUUAAUAGACAUUGAACUUUCAUAUUAAGGUGGGGGCUGUAAAAUAUCAACUCGGAGGCCGCAAAUAGCCCGCGGGAUGCCAGUUUUAGCUAAUGUCUCUUUGACUCAUAGAUUUCACUGGUGAAACCUAAAUAACAUACACUUUUUGACCUACUGUAACCUUUCAGCUGUUUUCAUGGUUAAUGUAUAUGGCGAGAUCUGACGCGGAGAAAAGCAGCUUUGGAUUUCGGCUUUGCACCAGCUUUAACGUAAAGUGUUGCAUAAUGGUGCAAUGCUGAUUUUCUCCUUGGCAAAAUCAGCUGAUUUGCAUUGAUUGUGUAAGAACUGUACUACUGUUAAGUCUUGCAUAUCAGCGCCAGGCUUCGUUUCUCCGCUUAAGAAUCUGCUGGAAUUACGUCAGUUGCGCAAACGGUUGAAGAGUUACUGCAGUGGAAAGGCUGUCAACACUGGAGCUGAAGCUCUGGAGUUAAAGGGUUAAGGCUCGCUCAGCUCUAAUUGUCAGCUGUUUAAUCCAAAAGCCCAGAAAUACUUGCCAGGAGGAAGUGAUUAUGUAAAUCAGAUCCAAAGUGGUCUAAAGUAAAGGUUUGAAAAGGAAAAACCUUUGAGUUCAAAUGAUACAUUUUAGGCUCUUCUUUGUUCUGUUAGAGAUUAGAAAACCCGACUCUUUACGAUCUUUUACAAAAGACUGUCUAAAGAAAAGAAAAACUGAGCGUGUGUUGCAUGUUGUGAUGUUUUUAGAGUCCAGAGUGGAGUGCAGCUUGCUUUGAUAGCAUUUAUUCACACUACAGUCACAACCUGCCACCUUCAAAUAUGUCCCGUUAACAGUUUGGAAUGUGUUCAGUGAUAGCGUGUCCGCGUCACACGAUCAAAGUGCAUAUGUAACAAUGAAUAAUAAAAACAAAUAAGUUGUGGUAAUUAAAAGGCCUUUAUUUCC